CCAUUUUCGAUGGAUCGAUGGUAAUUCGGUAACCCUCCGCAGUGCGGCGCCAGCGUCGCCGCUAGAGCAACUCAGCCGCUCAGUUGGAACUCGGGUUCACUCAGUCUACGACCGUUUGCCACGAGACUUCGAUCACAUCGGUCUUUCCCCGUCUUUCUCUUCCUCUCCUCCCUUCUUUUUCCCGCUUGGAGAACAGAAAGCAACUACCACCACCACUACACACCACCACCACCAUUACCACCACCGCUGGCGACGCCGUCGACGCCGACGCCGCUGCCGCCACUAUCGCCACCACCACCACCACUGUCACCGCCACCGACGACCGGAGAGACGCACGUAGUCUAAACGUGAGACUCGCACGGACGUUGUCGUUCGUCCUCGCCGGUGGUCCUCGUACACUGUUUUUCGAGCCAGCUCCGGUUGUACUUCGACUUCAUCCUUCAUCGAGGAGUGAUCAGAGAUAACAGGGCGUUCGAUUACCGAGGGCGUUGAUCGGCGAGCAGCAAGAUGGCAGCUUUCGUGGCGAAGCAGAUGGUCGGCAACAAGCUGAACGCGGUUAAAGGAGCCGUUGGUGGCGAAGGCGGAGACGAAGAUGACAAGGAGAAGGAAGAGGAGGCCGAGAGAGAGAGGCAAGAAGCCAUCAGGGAGGCUGAGGAGCGAAGGAAGGAGAAACACCGCAAAAUGGAAGAGGAACGAGAGAAGAUGCGACAGGAAAUCAGGGACAAGUAUAACAUAAAGAAGCGGGAAGAGGUGCAAGAGAUGACUCAAGAGGAGCCCAAUCCUUUGAUGCGCAAGAAAAAGACGCCAGAGGAAUUGGCCGCGGAAGCCGAGGCGGAAGAAGAGGACGAGAUUACAAGUACGUGUCGAUUCAAAGCUCGCAUUCGAGAAGAAUGCAUAGUCGAUGGGGGGGAAGAGAGAAACGAGGGGGUUGAAGCAAAUUUUUGCGAUAUUAGGGGCGGUAUGAUUACGCAUACGAUUAACACGAGUUAAAUUGGCGCACAAGGGAUGAUCGAUGAAGGGUUAACGAGCGUUGGUUAGAAAUUAAACAACGCCGUCCCAGCUCUGUUGGCUAAAUUGGGCCGCACACAAUCCCGGUCGAUUCUCAUGGUGAAAUCGGCGUUGCGUAAUUGAAAGAGUUUGGAAAAAAAACUGCAAGCCAACUUCCGACCGUUCAUUUGCGAUUUCCCAUUGUUUCGUAAACUAAACUGGAACACGUAUGCGCGUAUGCACACGCACAUACGCGCCUACGCGCGAACGAAUAAAAUGUAUACAAGGUGUUGGAUGAUAUAUACAUUCGUGGACACGCUUUUGGGUUUUCGAGAUUCUAGAAAAUUCGAGAAUUUGUGGGAAACGAGAAAAAUAAACGUUCCGUCUGUUCGUCGCGUUACAAGUUACGUUACGCUUAUGUUUAAAUUUAAAUUCAAAGACAAUGAAAUAAACGAAAAAACGGAAUGAUUCUCUCUUCCAUCUACAUACCGAUUUUUCAUUUCGCGUUCUCCACAUUGAAAUUAUAUUUCCAUCUCCGAAUAAAACAUCUUGAGAGGUGCCUCUAAUUCAAUUUGAUUAACAAUCGAUCGGUCCAAAAGUGGUGUCCCCCAAAUAUGUAUCAACAACUUUAUUAAAAAAGAAAGAAAACUAUCCAGAUUAAUGUUAUACACGUUGUGUCUGCUGUGUUUUUCAGAGAUCAAGAACGCGUUAGACACGCAUAUACAAGAGAUCAAAGCGCAAGUACUUGAUGGUAAAUGCGACCUCCAAUAAGCCUACCUAACACUCCUCGAAGCGGUCGGUAAGGAGGGCGGUGCAUCAUGCGCCGCCAGGGCCGCAUCCGCCUCUCAGCCCCUACGACACCACGAAAGAAGAAGAGAAGAACGAGCGAGAUCUGACGCGUUAUCGGAGAAGCGAAAGGAAAGAACGAUACGAAAGGAAAGGUUCAGCGUCGUCGUCGUCGUUGUAAUCCUCGGUUCGGUCUUCGUCGUCGUCGUGUUGUUGUUGUUGCUCGUUCGAGUGCAAUCGAGAAUCGAUUCUCACCGCGUGUCCACGGAUGGCGAUCAGACACUCGAGACAUCACGCACCCCCCUCCUUCCUCCCCCGUCCGCCGAGCUUCGACCGAUCCAACGACCGAUCGAUCUCAUCGAGGCGUGAAAGAUCGAAAUCGAGCCGAAAAACCGACGAUUCUGAUCGAUUUUCGACGGGGGGAAAUCUCGGAGGGGGUGAUGAUGAUCGCGUUUUGAGUGUCGUCCGUUGCGGUUGUCGACCCGAAUCGAAACGAAUUCGAGAGAUCGUUACGUGGAUAUGGCCACGGGGUGAUCUUGGGAAUGGAAGAAUCUCUGGAGAGAUUCUUCGAAGAAGGAGGACGAGAGAUCUCUCGCGUCGAAACAACGAACAAACGGUUUGUCGAGUUAUCGGGAUGAUCGAGAGUGACGAUGAACCGUUUCCAGGAUUUGAACCGAUCGAGUGAAGAACCGAGUGCGUAUAAAUAUAGAGAAUAUAUGAUAGGGGAAAAAAAAAACUAGGGGACGAUGACGGGAUAAAAAGCGAGGACAUUGCGGCAGACACGAGAAAGUGGAAAUAGUAUGAGAGUUCGCUAAUAUUAGAUUCGGAGAGAAAGAUGGAAGGGCGAAGAAAAGAUCCGAAAGAAAGGAGAAUUCGUUUAUGCCUUACGAUUCGAGGAGAGGAAAGAGACGAGACUAUCGGCGAGGAUAAAGGGAAAAGAAAAAAAAGAAAGAGGAAAGGAAAAAAAGAAA